UCAGGUACUACCCAUUCGGGACGAAAAGGUUACUACGGUCCACCCCAAAACAAAAAAGAAAAGAAGAAAAAAAAUAAUCUUUGGGAAACUGGUACUUGUAAACCCCCCACAUCCUCCUACGAGUAAUACUUCCUCUCCUCUUUCCCUCCCAAACCCUCCCUUUACCGCCCGGGCUUUCCAUCCAGGGAGAGGGAAUCUGCAGCUGCAUCUAAACCCUGUCCAAGAAAGUAUUGCCAUCCUUGCUGCUCGCCUUGGGUUCGGUCCCAUAUUUUUUUCGUCCGGUUUUCUUGUUCUUCUGGACGGUAGUGGAAGCACGGCAGUAGCCAGAAGUGUGAGCGACCUUCCCACACCUGCAUCACUACUCCUAGUUGGGCCUUCUUUGAACCUGCUCUCCAUCACUUGGUUCGCGCUUGCCCAUCGUCAAAAUUUGAGGGUUUCCAAAUUCUGACAAGCGGUCAGAUCGCUGCGAUCUCCUCCCCACCAGCGCCGUUCCUACCCCCACCCACCCCCCCCCCUUUCUAUCACCCCCUCCCUUUUUGUCCCCCUUUCCCCGAAGCCUUAAUACUUUUCACCUUGCUGCCCCAAAAACCAUCCACACAGGUUUAUUUUUCCCAGUUAAACGCUCUUCAUAUCCGUACGAGAAGCCCGCCUGCUCAUGACGAGCUUCCGUUCAUCAAAUCCGAAGGAAGACAAUCCCCAGUGGUACCGUCUCGGCUUGCUUGGUCGGCGCGGUAAGCACCGCUCUCCUGCAGAGUCUUGUGUAUCUGGAAGUCCAACAACUUCAGUUCUCGGCGACCCUCCAACUCGUCAGCGACGUUUUGGAUUAAGACGCCUAGCUAGUGAUUCUCACCUUGGUGAUCGCUUUUCUACCAAUUCUAACGCACGCUCAUUUGCACCUUCAGUUGCGUCUACGAAUCGUGCACCUUCUAUCGCAUCAGAAUCGCAAGCGAUUACUCGUCCCGGGACCGGCUCGAUGGCUGGUAUGUUAGAUAUGGACCGCUCGCGGAACCGCCGCGAUAGAACUUUUAUCGGCAAUCGUUGUGCUGUUUGCGACGAACCUUUAGAACAUACUCUCCGCGGAGAGCGUGUGCUCCAGUUCUCAUGUGCUCAUGUGUCUCAUGAGGCUUGCUUCUACGAAUACAUCAAAGAGGUUGAUACCCAAUUUUGCCCAGAGUGCAAUGCCCCUUUGGGGCUUGAUUCGAGUCGUGGUGGAAAUGUAUUGGAUAUUGGUAUGUUGCCAACACCCCAUUAUGAGAGUUAUAGUACCAGGACACGAAGUCGACAGGGAAGCCGGACGUCUAGUUUGAAUAGAGAGAGUCGGGUGGAGAGCCGAGGCGAUGUGAGGGAUUCCACAGGCCCACGACACGAGAACGGACACUGGAGGAAUAAUAGUGGCGUUUCGGGUGGUGAAUUUCCUGACCCAGCACUCGCCCCAACCACUAUUCGUCGUCAUGACUACGAUGUUCAAAGCCUGGAAAGCGAGCUCAACUCGAGGAAUUUGAUGGCGAGUCCCAUACCACCCCCCACCGUUACUGUUAAAAGUGAAUUUCCAACCAUUACACGAUCAAAGGCCCAGCAAAGCCUUACAUGUCUGGUAACCGUGGAGAUUCCUGAUAGGAAAAUGCAACCUCUAUAUCCGGAAGACUCGAUACCCCCUGUGCCGGCUCUCCCAACAACAUAUGAGCAAUCAUAUCAUCCUUCGAGCCCGACGAAUCGGAGCCAGUAUUCCUUUGAGCGGGAGGGGGCGGGAACAAGGCAGAGGGAACGUGAUGUGGAGAAGGAACAGGAAAAUGAAGUAUUAGCUGCCAUCACGGACGAUCUUCGUUUGAGGGUUGAAAAUUGGCAUGGCCUUGAUUUUGGAAGGUUCGGCAAACUCCGUCUUCACGGAACCAUCAAAGUUGGCAAGGACUGUCAAGCAUGGCAAGAGUUAGAGUGCUACCUCUUCUCAGAGAUGCUUAUCUGUGUCAAGGACAAGAAGAGCUCUGCGUCUGCCUCCCAAUGGACUAAUGGCGUUAACAAAAAGCGAAGUGUUAAGUGCACGUUGAAAGGGUCUAUUCUCAUAAAGAAACAUUUGAAGAAAGUUAGCGAUUCGAAUGAAAAUAUGCACAUUCUCACCUUGAGUCUUUCUGUUGCCGAGCUGCCCCAAUUUCAUCUAUUGUUUCCCACCAGUGCUCAGAUGGAUCAAUGGCAUCGUGCCUUGCUGGAUUUGAAUGCUGUGGAGCUUGCAUCGACAAUGAGAAGCCCUCGGUAUGAAGACAAGCGGGGUUCUAAUUCUGAUGAAGAUGACGACUUUCGCGCUACGAAAACAACCAGGCGAGUAUCCUCUGUCAACUCGGCCUAUAGUGGGACACAUGGUGGAGGGAGGUCUGUCGUCACGGCACCUACUGAGUAUACUGCGUCUAUCAGAGGAGCAAAGCCACAGAUAUCCCCAGCUGUUCACAUUCCUCUCGAUAUUGUUGUCGUUAUCCCGGUCUCAUCAUCCAUGCAAGGUCUCAAAAUCAAUCUGAUCCGCGACUCACUCAAAUUUCUUAUUCACAAUCUUGGAGAACGGGAUCGGAUGGGGCUGGUGACAUUUGGGUCGAGUAGUGGAGGAGUUGCCUUGACUCCACUAUCGGUAAAGAGCUGGAGCGGUUGGGCCAAAGUUGUCAACUCUAUUCGGCCUGUAGGCCAGAAGAGUUUGCGCACUGAUGUGGUUGACGGAGCCAAUGUCGCAAUGGACUUGCUAAUGCAGAGGAAAUCGAGCAACCCUAUUGCAUCUAUUCUUUUGAUUAGUGAUUCCUCAACAUCUGAUACUGAAAAUGUGGAUUUCGUGGUAUCCAGGGCAGAAGCGGCAAAAAUCACAAUUCACUCAUUCGGCCUUGGACUCACACAUAAACCGGAUACCAUGAUCGAACUUUCAACUCGGACCAAGGGCCAAUUCACUUACGUCAAGGAUUGGAUGAUGUUGCGCGAAUGUGUGGCAGGAUGCAUCGGCGCUCUCCAAACGCUUUCGCACCAGAACGCCAAACUCAGACUAAAACUCCCAGAAGGAUCUCCCGCGAGGUUUGUCAAGAUCAGUGGAGCCUUACAUGUGUCGAAGAGAUCAUCUGGGAGGGAAGCAGAAGCUGCUCUUGGAGAUCUUCACUUUGGUGACAAGAAAGAUGUUUUGGUUCAAUUGGUUAUCUCCCCGGAUAGUUCGCAGGGCGAAAUGGCUCCUCAAGAUGCAUGGGAAUCAAUCGUGUCUGGAUUAGAGGCAUUAGGGGGCUCAGCCGACCAGGAUGAAUCAAGGACUAUCAGUAUCGAGGAGGUGCCGCUCAUCCAAGCGGAUUUGACAUACGGCGAUAUUCAGCGGGAUGGAACACUUUCGCAGCUGUCUCGGCCACAUUUGCUCGCUAUCACGAUGCUUCCAGCCAGUCCUCGGAAGGGCAGCAGGCCAGGAUCGCCACCGAUCCCCCCUCAUCCGAUGGUGGUACAACGACGUAUGGAACUAUUAACCUCAGAUAUGUUGAGUCGUGCUUUGACGCUUAUAUCUCGGGGUCAACACGAUCGUGCGCAUACCUUACUUACCGAGACCCGAACAAUCCUUAAGGGGCUUGGGAAAGGAGGUUUGCCGCCUCUUCCCUCGCCCUCACCGUCCAUCCCUCUGCCUGAAGUCCCUGAAGGGGGCUCGAGUGGACAUACGCCGACAGCGACCCCACCACUUGAGACAAACUUUACGCCUGCCUCAGUAAUUGAUGCUGCGACCGUGUCAGCCUUAGAUGCAGAGCUAGAGUCGGCACUUGAAUGGAUCAGCCAUCCGGCGGUUUUUGCCAGAGACUCCCGAAAAGCCGUUCUCCAAGCCAUUGGUGUCAUUGCAUCCCAGAGGUCUGUCACUUUUAGAACUGCCUGCGAGUCGAUUUACGCUCAGAGAGUCGCCGGUGUCAAGCGGCUUUCUAUUCAGGCACGAGAAUGGCGAGAUACGGAAGACUCCCUUAUGGAAGAGGAUUAGAUUAUAUUGAACUCUACUAAAGUUUUCCUAAUUGUGCUGGUUUGUCGUGUGAAUUGUUAGGAGUCAACUCUACGGUGCUUUGGGCUGUUUUUUUCAUUUCUUUUCCUUUUCCUUGGCCUUUUCUUGUAUUAUUUGGGUGAGGUGUUAUCUGGGAAGGAGGUAAAAUAUUUUAGGGCGGUUUCUUAUAGCCUCUACGGCAAUUGGCCGUCAUGUUAUUUUUUAUUAGUAAGAGUUAUUUAGGAUGGGAUAGUCUACGAGCUUGCUACUCGUAGGGGCGGUGUCAGUGAGUACUGCGUACGAUGCCCCAUUUCUUUGUUCAACUUUGUGGCGAUUGUUUCUAUUGCCAUUUCUCUUGUAUAAUAGAAAUUAUACCCACUUUUUCCA